AUGGCUAUGGUGCUACCAUGUCUUUUCGUUCGUAUUGUCAUCAAGACCUAUGUCCCAGACGAACUCAGUGCAUUUUGCCUUUAUUAUUUUGCCCACAUUUUGCCCAUACUGUUAGCAUUAUUGAUCGUUGUCAAAACAUGCAUCCGAGAGAUGGAGAUCCUUGCAGGCCUGGUAGAUGCACUUGCGGAUCCGCGUGCCUACCUCUCUGCUCAGGAAAAACGAAAAGAGGCGCUGCAUAAUAUGGGUGUGGAAGAUUCUGACAUUGUGGAAGUUGCGACAAGUUCAGUACGAACAGCGUCAACCAAAAAUGCAUUGUUACGAAUAAAUGGCGGUCCACUGGAACAGAGUUGCGAUUCGCUGAAGUCAACGGCCUCGCUCAAGGAAACAGCUCGACCAAACUCCGAAGCUUCAGAUACGAAACAUAAAGUGGAAGCGAUCAAUCUCAGUGAUCUGAAAAAAGACAAGUGCUUCCAGAAAUUAACGAGGAAGCUGCAAAAAGAUGUGGAAGAAUUGAAGAAACGACAUCAAAAGCAAAGGGAAUCAAUUCAGAAGCAGCAGCAAACGACAGUUGAUAAGUUGAUAUGUGAUAGUCACAAGCAGUCAAGGAAACGAACUGUUGGGAGCAGCAAUUCGAGCGGUCAGAAGCACGAAUCGCUGGCCACUAUGCAGUCUGAUCCGACACAGCGCAGUGCUGCUGACAUGGCUAACAGUCACCGAAUGAAAUCGUUGGUGAUGUCGCAAACCAAUGAAUGGUCAUCGCUGAUGCGGAAGCACGAAACGGAGUGCUAUCAGCUGAGGAGGUCGCAAAUAAAAGAGGAAUUUGAAUUGCUAGGGAAACUGCUCCAUGAUGCUCAAAAGCAGCAAAUGAAUAUGCUGAAACUAAGGCUGGAAGCGGAGAAUAAGGACCUGAAGCAAGCGCAGACGAAGAAGAGCAUGGAUGAUGCACGCUCCAUCCAACAGGACAAGAAUAUCAAAACGAAAGCCGAAAGGGAUCGGCGAAUAAAGGAGAUGAACGAGAAGAAUCUGAAGAUGUUUUUCGAGGAGCGGAAAAGGCUGGCUAUCAAGGCCCAGAAACAUGAAGAGCAGCUGAUGAAGAGGCACGAGGAGCAGCACGAGCAGCUUGAGAAAGAUGCACAACGGGCCUUGGAAUUGGAAGAGAUGAAUUAUCGAGAAGCUCGGCUGGCAUCGAAGCCGGAAUUUGUGUGCUAG